AUUCCGGAAUAGUCUAGUUGGUAAGAAGAUCCACAUUUGGGCAAAAAUGUUGAGGUAUCAAACGGCGAUUUGUGUGAUCUUGGUAUUGAAUUGCUUUAAAGCUUCAUUUUCCUGGUCAACAUGCAGUAAACCAGUUGUUGCAUUUACUGCAAAGCUCUCCAAAGAUACCACAAUCGGAGGUCACGGCAUUGUCAAGUAUGAUAGCGUGCUAACGAAUGUGGGAGAGGCUUAUAGCCCGCAGUCUGGAAUAUUCACCGCCCCCUAUGACGGCCUCUACACGAUAUCGUGUACACUUAUGAGUCUACCAUCAAACAGUGUGCAUUUGAAUAUUGUUAAAAAUGGAACGAAGGUGUCUAUCUUAUACUCUGCAUCGAAGACGUGGCCCCAGUCUGGACAAACACUCCAUCUGAUACUGAAGGCAAAGGAUAAAGUCUGGAUACAGAACUCCAACUCAAAAGCAGCAAAACUUCACGACCAUGGCUCGUAUAACUUGUUUUCUGCUAUCCUGGUAGAUUUCUGACAAAAGAAAUGGAAUGUUCAUUUAGAAUAAAAUCUUAAUAAGCAUAUAA